AUGGCCCCUCCAUCCAACAAGACCUUUCUUUCCCUUCCAUCAUCCUCCAAGCUAAGUGGUGAAGACAUCCUGGAUGGAAGGCAGGAAGUUCCAGAACACAUGACCCACACCUUCCAAAGAGUGAUAAUACAGAAGGCAUGGGUUGAAGUGCAGUGGUACUACAGCAGGAGUGAUAUAGGAGACAAAAACAUGAGAAAAUACAUUGGCAACAAUGAGCUGGUUCUAUCGGACCACAAUGACAUCAUUGAACCAGAGGCCAUCGUGUCUUGGAAGCUCAUGGAGAGCAUAGCGCCAGCAGACAUCACAUCUUUCAGUGCAGAAAGGGCCCCUUCCAUGCUUGCUCUGUCUGUGAAAAACCAUAUAGCCCAGACAAAGCUGAACAACGAAACUCGCAAAGGGAAGCACCAGACCCCUGGACAUCACAAAGGAAGUCCUAAAUGGGACAGGGGAAAUGAGGGUGGUGUGGUGGGCAAUGGUGAGGUUAUGAUGAGUAUGUGGGAGGAGGUCAGAGCAGCACAGAAUGGGCAGAGACAGGAGGUUGAAACUGGUCUACAAAAUCAUAUGACCAGUGACCUGAUCCAACAGGCACAGAAGUCAUAUGUGUAUUAUUGA